AUGAUCGGAUUGAAGGAGAAGGUCUCCAAUCAGCUGUCUCGCUUAUUUGCCGAUUCGCCCAAUUCCUCUCCUUCUGAUUCCGUCGCCUCACGCCCUUCUCAUAAUUCUCAGGGCAGGACAACUAGUCAAGGGGAAAAGUCAUUUUCUUCAUAUUUUUCAUUCACUUCCUUGAGCUUUCGAAAGUCUACGUCGGAAAAUGGCAAGGACCAGAAAAUUGAGUUGGCACCAGCUCCUUCACUUCCAGUAAGAUGGAGAGGUAGAGAGUUUGACCAUGAAGAGGAACCGAGAUAUCACGAAUGCCAGAAAGCUGGUGAACGUCAAACAGCCAUAUCUCUUGAUGAAAACGAGGAUUAUUCUUGUCGGACAAGCAGCAGUGACAGUGAUGUUUAUGAAGAAGCAUCUGAGCAGCAGAGUACUCCGAGGACACCACAUCUGAAAGAUGGGUCGGCGUUUAUAUCAUCAGACUUGUAUGAGUUCCUGAUGUCGUCCCUCCCUAACAUGGUGAAGGGGAAUGACUGGGUUUUGCUGUAUAGUACGAUGAAGCAUGGCACUUCUCUUCGCACGCUCAUUCGAAAGAGUGCUGACAUUUCUGGCCCAUGUUUACUGAUUACUGGAGAUAGAAAAGGUGCUGUUUUUGGUGGACUUCUGGACUGUCCAUUACAAGCCACUUCUAAGAGAAAAUAUCAAGGGACACACCAAUCAUUUGUAUUCACUACCAUAUAUGGUGAACCAAGGCUAUUCAGACCAACUGGCGCCAACCGCUAUUAUUACCUGUGUUUGGAUGACUUACUAGCACUUGGUGGUGGUGGCAACUUUGCUUUACGCUUGGAUGGAGACCUGUUAUAUGGAACUAGUGGUCCCUGUGAAACAUAUGGGAACUUAUGCUUAGCCCAUGAUCCAGAAUUCGAGUUGAAGCAUGUCGAGCUUUGGGGAUUUAAAUACUCAUCAAAAUACUGA